CGGGGCAGCCUCCGCAGCCAAGAUGGCGGCGCCCGGGAGCUGAGGGGGGUCCCGGCCCUGCCCCCCCCACCCCCCUCACCCCAGCCUCGAUCCCAGGGGCCCUCAUCUGGUGGCCCCGUGUCCUGCCAGGGCCGCGGCAGAUGGAGGCGUCGGGCGCAGCGGCCGAGGUGACGUCGGGGCUGCGCUCGCUCGCCGUGGACGACGCCUCCUCGGCGCCACUGCCCGAAUCUCAGCCCGUGGCACCCGAGGCGGAAGGAGCCAAGGAAGAGGAGGAUGAGGAAGGCUGGGUCGUAGCCAGCAGCGACGGUGAAGGCGAUGGCGGCGAAGCCUGGCUGCCGCCCCCCGACGCCAUCCGGCGCCUCUACGAGCUCCUCGGCACCGGGCACGCACCCGCGCUCCAACGGCCGCCGCUGCCACGCCGAGCGCCCACGCCGGAGCCUGACAGCGAGGAGGACGCCGGCUCAGCCGGGCAGCCCGACAGCGAGGAGGAGGAGGAGGCCAAACCCCCCGUCCCCACUGAGUUCGACUUCGAGGACGAGCCAGCGCCCCCCAAAAGCGCCCUCAUCGACCGCCGCCGCACCCCAGGGCCACCGUCGCGGGGCCAGAAGCGCGAGGCACGCUUAGACAAGGUUUUGUCGGAUAUGAAGCGGCACAAGAAGCUGGAGGAACAAAUCCUGCGCACGGGUCGCGAUCUCUUCCAGUUGGAGGGUGAUGACCCCCCCAAAACGACCCCAGUGCCCCAAAAACGCCCUCCCGGAAUCUUCCUGCGCCAACGACGGUCGGCGCCGUCACGCCUCGUCUUCCUACGAGCACCGGUGUCUCUCUGCCCGCUCGACGACAGAGCCGCUCUUCCAGCGCCCAUAUUCACGUAGAGCUCGGAGCUGCUUGGACGUCGCGGAGCGACCGGUGGAGG